AUGGAGUUGACAAGGGUUAACUUCCCAAUUGAUUCUGCAGAAUAUCACGCCCUUAUGACAUUCUGGUUGUACAAACUAUUGCAACCGAGCCUCAUUGAGUAUUACCACAAUGUGAAAGCAACCUUGAUGCAGAGACAUAAACCAAACCCCCUCAAAAGAAGUCUUCAAAUAUAUCCGCAGAUUCUUGAAUUCCUACAGAUUCUUCCAUUCUUCCAAUCUUUGUUGUUUUCUCGUGCCAUGGCGGAAGCUAUCGGAUUAGGCGCGUCAGUUAUUGCUUUUCUUGGUCUUGCUGGCCAACUCGUGCAAGGCUGCGAAUAUGUCCGUCGAAUAAUUGAUGGAAUCAAGGAAGCAGACGACGAUUUCCGGGAACUUCGAAGCGAAGUGAGCUCUCUUAAACUCAUCAUUGACAGCUUUCGCAAUGUUCUUCAAGAUUUGGAAACUUCUGGUGUUAAGUUGACAGCGAGUGGUCGGAUGCAUGCAGUUCGAUUGGUUUUGAAUACAGCGCAAGAAGCUGUGCAGAAUCUAAUAAAGUUCAUUGCGACCAACAAGUUUUCCGGGAGGAAGAUGAGUAAACUCAAGUUUGUAUUUCUAAGAGAUACGUGCGCAAAGCACGCAUCCAGAAUCAAUAAAGUCAAGCACGACAUAGCUAUAAUGCAGGCUAAUAUAAUAUUGCGAGUUCCACUUAAUCUACAAGAAGUCCAACUUACUCAUCGGCGAAGACAUCUAGAAAGUCAAAAGCUUUCACACGAUCAAGUUAUCAAGCGGGAUCUUAACUUUCUAGCCUCGAAGCUUGGCGAUUCCUCGAAUGUUGUCAGUACGAUCCCAGCACGGUUGAAUGAAGUGCACGUAGCUGCAUGCAAUACAAAGGAAGCCGUUUCUACAUUGAAGAGUGAUCUUUGUACAAAAAUCAAUGACCUCUGCAACGCGGUCAACGCAAUUUCAGCAUCGAAAUUUACUGCUUCUGCUACGACGGUGUCCGGAACAGUCGGUCAAGUCCAUGAGAUGGCUCAAAAUGCCAGUACAGCAAACGAAUUCAUCGAAACGUUAAAGGCCACUUCAGAGGGCUUGAGGUUAUUGCCAAUGGGCAUGCCAACAUUUGUGAAAAACAUAUUCCGCGAAGUCUUGUUGGGGUUUCAUCUUGAAACCAAACACAAUCGAGAUUUUGGUGGGAUUGAGUCUAUACAAAUCUUCAAACCUAUUUUGGGAACUGGACCUCGACGAGAAGUUGUCCAACAGCGUAUCUUAGAAAAGAAAUACUUUCGUGCCAUUGGUAUAGUGACUGUACAGUCUAUCAUUACAACCUUCAAUGAAUUAGAUACUAAUUCCGUCAACAUACGAUCACUCACUGUCACUCAGACAAACGUGGAUUUGUUCGCAAAUCCGGAGUUACUUCAGCUGGGUAUAUGUUGCUCUAUUGUUGAGCAAGGAUUCGCUAUUUCGUCAUUUGCCCCCGAACCCGCCUUACGAGUGUAUAAUAUAAUCGACAGCAACGCUCCGAUCGUCAAUGCCUGCAUUUCUGGUAACCUGGCAGAGGUUAGAGAGCUCUUUAUAAAUGGACAUGCCUCGCCAUAUGAUCGUUUGUGGGCUGAGAGAUCUCUCCUCGAACUAACACUGCGCCAAAUUAUCGAAGCUUUUAAGUAUCGAUCUAUUCCCCCGCAGUGCGGUAUCGAAGGACUGCUGUCCGUCUUUGAGGAAUUGGUGCACCAUGGUCUGGAUUCAGGAGUGCCAAGAAUAAAGGAGGAAAGAGCUGAUCGAUCGCCGCUCAUGACCAUCGCUACUUUGUCACCAACUUCAAAGUCAGACACUGAGUCGCUGCUGCAUUUGGCGCGAAUUAUAAUCAAGAAUAGUACCCACGCUCCAAUUCCAGAACAUGGCUUGGAGAACUUGGAUUGGCAAGUGCAAAUUGAUGGAUUUCAACGUCCCGUUUAUGACCUCUUAAAGACCCAGGAAAUGUGGCCUCUAGCAUGGCCAAGUGCGGAUGAAGUUUGGAGUUGGUACUACACUCGUCUCACCCGUUGCAUAAAAAGAGCGACCGACCAUCAGUGUAAUAUAUCUCAAUCAUGCCCAGGUAUAUUUAAUUGCCUUCACGACGAUGUUCAUUUGAAACAGAUAAUGAACGAACUCAAUCUCAACGAAAACAUCUUGUUAUUCCAAGACUUAGUUGCUUCGAUCAAAAGCUCAGACGCGAAUACCCAAUUCCAUAGAGCUAUCUGGGCGGCGUUCCUUGGGUACUUUGAGGAUUCAGGAGUAGAUUUCAAUAACCCAUCAUUAUCCUUCACUUCCAUUCUACCACUCCACCUUGCCAGCUUUCCAUACAACCAAAAGGUUUACUUGAAUGUAAUCUCCCAGGCUUUGGUGGAUUACGGUUUUGAUGAAGAUUUUGCUGCGGAUUUUGUUGAGACGGAUUAUUAUUUUUCUUUGGCCGUGCAGCUUCACUACCUCGAUCUCGAUGCAGACUCCCACCCACACGUUGUUGAACGAGAUCUUUCUUUCGGGUUUGUUGAUCUUAGAGCUAAAAGGAAACCCCCACUGUAUAUACCUUUGAUGCAAUGGGUCUCCAAUAACCGCUCGAGUAGUACAAGCAUCUCCGGUGACGAGUAUGAGUUUGCCAACGAGUCUACUAUUGUCUCAAGCUCUUCAUACUCUGAAGAUGACUUUUACCACGAACACUACCUCUCAAGUGAGGACAAAGAAAAAGAAGGAUGUAAUCCAGAUUUUUGGGAAGACAAGGACACGUUCUUGGAGCUCCUCUUCGCCUUAGAUAGAUCUCCCAUAUUAUCACCAACCAUAGUAAUGGAAGAGGAAUGCAUAUCGCUACCAGGAUUACUCGAAGACUUGGAUAUAAAUACUACUCCAUCCCACACCCAAGAUUCAUACCACUCCAACGAUUCAGAAAAUGAAUCUAAGUCACGAUUCACUACUCCAACAACAUCUUUACUGAACGCUUCGGAAGCCUCUAUACUCCAAAACUCAAAUUAUAGCAAUCCAUUAAACUACACGACAACCGAGCUUGUCACAGAAGAGGAAACAUGUGGACUGCAAGUCGCAUACAAUUCUUUCUUUACUUGA